GGCUUCGUGGCGUGCGAAGAGACCGCCCGGCGGUACGGCCGAGACGCCUACCUUUCGAAGGAGGAGGCGGCGGUCCUGGCAAAGGAUCGACCCCAUUGUUGGCUUCGCAGCCGCCGACGGCGCCGAUGGCAACCAGCCGCCCAUCAAGGACCGACGGGCGACUUCCUGCAGUUCCAGGCGAAGAGGAGCAGGGAGGGCCACCCCCAGGCCGUAAACGCCCGGCGGCUCCGCCGCCUGCGCGGAACCGUUGCCGCGCCGCUGGGGCCUGGCUGCUCGGAAGGUGCCAUCGUCAUCAAAGGGGACGGGGCCACGUCGGGUGAUGCCGCAGCGGCGCCGCCAGACGAGGGCCUGAAGCGCUUCCUGGGCGCCAGGGUCCGCGUGAAGCAGGCGGAUUGCGGCCAGCUGCACCUGGAUUGGGGGCCGUCGACGACGAGGUCGCCUUCUGCCUCGCCUCCGCCGGCGACGGCGCCGCCUCGGACGGCCAGGCGCUCGACGCCCAGCUGGUGGAGCUCCUGUCCACCCCGAGGCGCACCUCGGCACGCCCUCCUCGGGUGCUUCUCGCUGGAGCUGCCGCGGACCGCGGAGCCGCUCGACAACCCCAAGG